AUGAAGAUUAGAAGAGGAGUCAUGUCAGAAGAAACAGUAAGCGAAUCACCGUUUUCCCUGAAGACAGCAGCACUAAGAGUAUUUGAUCUUCCUCUGUCUUGGUACUAUUCUCUCUCCCAGAUCAGAUUUUCGCCUGUAGCUAAAAAGUUGUUUGUGGUAACUGCGGUGAGUGCUGUAUCUGUAAUUUUUCUGGCACAUCACUUUAAAAGAAGACGUGGGAAGAAGAAAGGAAAAAUAUUACCCUGGGAACCAGAGCACCUCAUACUUGAAUACACAAAAAGGGCGGCAUCAGACAAAGGUUCAAGUUGUUCCAGUAGUAGACAGAAUUUGACAUUAUCUUUAAGUUCUGUCAAAGACAAAGGAUCUCAGUCUUGUAACUAUGUUAACGGAGGACUUUUCAGUAAAUACUCAGGUUCUGCACAGAGUUUGGCCUCUGUCCAGAGUGUCAAUAGCUGUGCUUGUGGUAAUUCUAAUUCCUGGGACAAAGCAGAUGAAGAUGAUAUUAAACUUGUUAAUAUUCCCGUGACCACUCCUGAGAAUUUAUACUUGAUGGGUAUGGAAUUGUUUGAAGAGGCAUUACGUCGAUGGGAACAAGCUCUAACCUUUCGAAAUAGACAGGCUGAAGAUGAAGCUUGUGGUUCUAUUAAAUUGGGUGCAGGAGAUGCCAUUGCUGAAGAAAAUGUAGAUGAUAUUAUUAGUACUGAAUUUAUCCAUAAACUUGAAGCUCUGCUGCAAAGAGCAUAUCGUCUCCAAGAAGAGUUUGAAGUGACCCUGGGGGCAUCUGAUCCUAAUUCCCUAGCUAAUGACAUCGAUAAAGAUACAGACAUCACUGUGAAAGGGAAUAUGGAUGACUUUGGCCUGCGAGACACCUUGAGCAUUGCGUCAACCGACUCCUUUGCUUCAGCAGCAGAGCUUGCAGAACACAGAGAAGUGCGGCAUACCUACAGUCUAGAGUCUCUUUGUCACUGUCCUUUUUACGAAGAAGCCAUGCAUUUAGUUGAAGAUGGAAAAAUUUACUCAAGAGUGCUUAGAACCGAAAUGCUGGAGUGCCUAGGAGACAGUGAUUUUCUUGCCAAACUUCACUGUAUUCGACAGGCUUUUCAGGUAAUCCUUUCAGAAACAGCCAACAGAAUAUUCCUUGCUGAGAGUGGAAGGAAAAUUUUAUCAGCGUUAAUUGUGAAAGCACGAAAGAAUCCAAAGAAGUUUGAAGACGUUUUUGAUGAAAUGAUCUAUUUUUUAGAGCAGACUGAUCACUGGGAUAGUACUGAAAUGGAACUAGCUGCUAGAGGAGUGAAAAAUCUAAAUUUCUAUGAUGUUGUUCUGGAUUUUAUAUUAAUGGAUUCCUUUGAAGAUUUAGAAAACCCACCCACCUCCAUACAGAAUGUAGUAAAUAACCGCUGGCUGAACACCUCCUUCAAAGAAACUGCUGUGGCUUCAAGUUGUUGGUCCGUACUAAAACAGAAAAGGCAGCAGAUGAAGAUCCCAGAUGGAUUUUUUGCCCAUUUUUAUGCCAUUUGUGAGCACAUCAGCCCUGUUCUAGCGUGGGGCUUUUUGGGUCCUAGAAAUUCUCUCUAUGAUUUAUGUUGCUUCUUUAAGAAUCAAGUUCUUUUCUUUCUCAAAGACAUUUUCGACUUUGAGAAAGUGCGCUAUUCCAGUAUAGAGACUUUGGCAGAAGAUCUCAAGCAGUUACUUACUCGCCGCACUGAACUCUUAAUAGCCUAUGUUGGAGCUGAUGCACUGAGGCAUACAAGUAGUUGUAUAAGUAAUCAUGCUCAUAUGUCCAGUGGCCUCGUGGAAGCCAAAGUGCAAUAGGUACCAUAAAAAUCACACAAUUUGAGUGUGCUGUGAAAUAUUUUGAGGUAAUUUGAUUUUGUAAUAUAACGCAGAAUUGGUGGGUAUGGACUCAGGGAGGAAAAAAUAUCUCGAAAAGAAUGAGUGACCGUACUGUAGUUACACAGAAGUUCUAUCAUUGAAUCCCUGUGUAGUGUAUCCAAAGCAGCUUUUUACUGUCUUUAGAUAAUAAUAUAAGUUGUGAAAUGUUGUCUAUUUUACAGAAAUAUUGCUUGAAUUGAAGCUAGUACUUGGGAGUUAAUUGAUUUGUCACUUUGAAGCUGUCUGAAAUGUCUAGUAUCAUUCUCAAAAGCUCUGAUACUAUGCUUUGCACCUUGAAAGUAGACAUGUUAGCUAAGACUGUGGCCCACAUGUGCAAGAAUAUAUCACACCUAGUGUCAACAAACUUAACUUUGCCUGAAAAUGUAUUUUUAAUUGUAAAGUUAUUCAUUUGUUUAAACAAGUUUAGACAGUAGUGGUGUUUAAUAUAUACUGCUCACAUUAUUGCUUGUGCAUUUGCUGAUGUAUUUGAAUCAAAGAAAUUGUAAUGGCUGAGUAUCAUUAUAAAACAUUUAAAUGAAUUGACGCUGAGAAGUUUACAAGUUACAAAUUUAUAUUAGAUUUACUGCAGUUUUCAAAAUAUAUUCAGUUGGUCCUAUAAGUUACAAUACAGAGACUGAAGAAGUUUAUUUUAUCUUUUUAUAGAUUAGAGCAUUUUUCUCUUGAAUGAGUAUUGAUUAAAAAGAUAACAUUUAUUAACUAUGACAGGCAAUUGAAAUUUUUCUUGUAUAGUUUUGAGACUGUCUCCCAACAUCUGAAGGUAUUAAUCUUGAUACAGUAAAAUCAUUUCUCCUUUCUCCUACAAAACAGGUUUUUAGUUAUUCCCACAGAGAACUUAGUACAUUUUUGUCAUAUUAUGCCCAUAUUUUAAAAAUAUUCAUACUUUGAAUCUUAGUGAGGUUUUAAAGAAGGUUUAUUUUUUCCAUAACUAUAGAACAAAACAUUUUUAAUGGUAUGGAAGUAUAUUUCAUGUUCUUUAUGACAAAUAUAUGAACGAAUGGGUUGUUAUAUAAGGAAGGUUCUUCAGAGUAUAUUAGAUACUUUCAGAGUUGUAUUAAUUUUGUGUCUAAACCAUAUACCACUUAUUUGAAGUGGAUGACUCAGUAUAUCAAGGGAUUGGAUGUGUUGAUUUUGUUUUUAAAGUGGGCUUUAUUCAAUUUAGGAGUGAGUUACCCAGAAGGAUCUAACUAUAUUUUUUUAGAAUGGAUUUUUAGAUUAAAGUGCCUAGUUUCUGAUUAAUGAAUAGAAAAUGAAAAGUGGGGAGAAAAGCAUAAUCUUUUAGGGUUUUAAAUUUAUGUAUGUGCCACGUUUAUGUAACAUUAGUUACAAAAUAAGACAUUCAGCAUCUUUAUGCUGUUUGCAUGUACUGUGUUCCCUAAUGUAUAGGUUAUGACAUUAAACAAUAUGAAAUAUUGCUCUAGUAACUUUUUAGUAUAUAGCGCUUUGACUUUUCUUACAUCUAUUCUUAAUUUAAGAAUUGGCUAUUUGUAAUUCUUAUCAUUGAUGGAGGUGUAUCAUUAGAAGUAUCAAAGCUAAAAAUUCCAUUAUGUAGUGUUUUACUUUUUAAUUUAUAUCUUGUAUUUUUAGCUUCUUGUUGAGGUACCACUGGCCUUGAAUGAUUCACACACAUACACACGUGUGUGUGCACACACAUUUCCAUUAUCAUGUAGGCAAGACAGUUAUUGCUUAUAUUAAGUUUCUAUUUGUGGGGGCUAAAUGUUUUUAAGCUGUGGUUUUAUAAACAGAGCUAUACAUAAAUUUAAUUACUUUUUUAUUUGAGGAAGAUGUUAUUUGAAAUCUAUUUUGAAGAAUUGCACUAUUUAAUAAUGCUGCUACUAUAUAAGAUAAAUGGGGAAUUUAUUUCAUUAGAUAAGAUGAAUGACUUUAGAAAGUGUUUUUUCUUUUUCUCAUUUACAUUUCACCUUUAAAAAAAAGUUGCUCAUAUUCAAGAGGUUGGUUUGCCUUAUUCAGUUGCUUGAGUUUGUUUAGUUUCUGGUCAGUUUAGUAGCUACUACUUUAGUAAAAUGCUUUCUUUGUGGCUUUUAACAUAAGAGACAAGACUGACAAAAUAGAAUUUCAAGGUAAUAAGUAUAGGGAAAAAAGCCUCUCUAAUGUAAGAGAAGAAACUUGAAUUUUUAAAAGUACCAUCUUUUGAAAAUGUUUUUGUGCACAGAAGAGUACUUAAGACAUAUGUGCCAAUUUCAGUUUGCCUUGAAACUGGGUUAAACAGCUAAAGCAAUGUUUUAAAAAAAUAAGAAAAUGAUUAAACUAGUUUAAAGCCUUUUAGGAUAAAACCCUGUCUAACACUUACUCAUGGUAAUAUUAUCAGAAAAUUGCCAUUGCCACCAUGAGUCCUAUCAUUUACUUCCCUAUAUAAAUCAUAAGAGGGCCUUCAAUUCAUCCUGACAAAAAUGAUUUUUUUUUCCCCCUUCUGUUUUCUGGAAGAAAAAAGGUAAGUGUUCAGAGGAUUUAUAUUUGUUUUGUUUUUUUCCCAUUUUUGUUUCUCUACAUUUUUGUUCAACUAGAAGGCUUUAUUUCUUCUUGAAGGCUUACAGUAUGUUUAUUAAAUGUCAAAAUGAGAUUAUCUUUUUAAAAAGAAGCCAAGUUUUUCAUACUGUUACACUUAGCUGCAAAGAACUUUCUCUCAAAUAGCAUGUUCUUUAUUUGCAUCCAUUUACUAUUCUUAAUUUGUUCAAUUAACUGACUUUAUAAAAAAUAUUUACAAACUUUUUCUUGCCUUAAGGUGUAGCAUUUCCUACCUAAAUGAUUACCCAGUAAGUGAUUAUUUGUUUUGCGAGAGAGUUCUUUAGUUUAUCAUUCCUUUAAACCUAUGAAAUAGGAAUGCCAAAGUAACAUUUAAUAUACUUCUGUGUGACCUUUCAUAAUCAGAAAUUUUAAAUUAUGUUCAUAAUCUACCUUUAUUUUAAUGUGAACACAUUAGGAAAUUAUUCAGAAUAUACAUUUGAAAGUGAUUAUAUGAAUUAGGCUGAAUUCAAAAUUUUGGUUUUUUGCUUGGAUUAAUCAAAUGUAGAAGUAUUUCUGUAUGCGAGACAGGAAUUUGUGUAAUCUGUGAUUAAUGGAAACAAGGGCAUCCUUUUGUUGUUGUUGUUCCUAAUGAUUACAUUGUUACUGUUUUGCUUAGUUUGAGAACAACCAUGUAUGAGCUUUACUUGACCAAUAUCAGUAAAUGUGUCUAUUUCUUAAAUGUAAGGACUGCACUUACUAAUUGAUGUAAAAGUGAAACAGUACAGUAGCAGAAUAAAUUAGCACUGGUUCUUUAGCCAAAAUAAGCACUGUAACAUGGAUGUAGUUCUACUGCCAAAUAAAAUGUGAUGGUACAUGUUGCUGAUGUAUUGAA